AUGAGCAGAGGGACAGGAACAGGGACGAACGGCCGUCGCACCGAGCCGGCUCGCACCGCGGUGAGCGUAGCGAGCGCGGUGGCCGCAGCGACCGCGGCGAGAGGAACGAACGAGGGGACCGAGCUGAGCGCAGUGAUCGCGAACGAGCUGAGCGCAGUGAUCGCGAACGUGCUGAGCGCGGUGACCGUGGCGAGCGAGCUGAGCGCAGUGAUCGCGGUGACAAGUGGCGCAGGGACGCGGCCGGCCAGGGCGAGCGCCGGCCGGGACGCGCCGCAGCACGAGGACUUCGCGUCGGAGCGGCGCGAGCAGCGCAUCAGGAUCAGCGAGCAGGGUGUCCCUGAGGUGUGGAGCCACUCCCCACCCAGGGAAGACGGCGCCGACGACUCCGACCUGGCCAGCCCGAAGCCGCAGCGGGAGUCUGUCUCGUCGGCCGACGAAGCGGAAAUAAAGAAAAAGAAAAAGGCCAAGAAGGAGAAAAAGAGCAAAAAAGAUAAGAAAAAGAAGAAGAAGCGAAAGAAGAAAAAGAAGAAGGUUUCGUCUUCGUCCAGCGAAUUAGAAGACGAAGAAGAGCAGUGGAUGGAGAAGGGAGCGUCCAUCGCUGGCCCGGACGGCCUCGGCGUCGACGGCGACGACUCGUUCGGUCCGAUGCCCAAGGAGAAGGUGCAGCUCUCAAGGAAGGAGAUGGGCCAGGCCUUGUUGCCCGGCGAAGGUGCGGCGAUGGCGGCGUUCGUGGCGGACGGCAAGCGCAUCCCGCGGCGCGGCGAGAUCGGCCUGACUAGCGACGAGAUCGCCUCGUUCGAGGCCAAGGGCUACGUCAUGAGCGGCAGCAGGCAUCGCCGCAUGGAGGCUGUGCGCAUGCGCAAGGAGAACCAGAUCUACUCGGCGGAUGAGAAACGCGCGCUGCAGAUGUUCAACAAAGAAGAGCGACAGAAACGCGAAAACAAAAUCCUGGGACAGUUCCGAGAGAUGAUCAGCAACAAGCUGAGCAAGAAGUAGUCGCGUGGUGUCCGGUGCUAUAAACUGCAGACCGGUGUCAAGGAGACGCCACCGGAGGCUUCGUGGUGAAGAGCGCCUGUUUUAGCGAUCCUCGCUGGCUGACCUGGCGCUCCAACUGCGCUGAGUCAGCUGUUUUACUGUUUGCGUGCGGUCGCGGACACGUGUUGUGUACUUCACGCGCGCACGUGGUAAGCACGUGCAGCGAAGGCGGGCUCCGAAAAACGUUCGCUGUCUAGCUGUCAUCGGGCGCGGCGUGACUCACGCGGCGUGCGGCAUCCCCUAUCGCGCGGGUCUGGUACAGUUUGAGCGCGUGUUGUAUGGCGCGCCGGUCGGCUCUGCGGCUGACGGAGGCUCCCCGCCGCGGGAUCGCCUCGGGUGACACGCUUGGUGCCAAUACACCACGC